UCUGUCAUCAGCACAAAGACAGCCUUCAGGGUAGCUGGCGCAGUGGUUUCACGGGGCUAAAAGUGCUUAACAAAUCAACAGAACAGCUGGGAUUGAGAACAACAGUUGUCAGAGUGGACUUUACAAAAUAAUCAGUGGCAUUAAUUUGGCUGCCCCUCAUGAGAGAAGCGCUUUGAAAAAUGCAAACCUCCCCGAAUGGCUUUGUUCACACAUGUGGCUUUAUGCCCUGCUGUCAGUGGUAGUACCAAUCCUAUUUUCUGUCUGAGUUCGUCCUUCAAAGGAAGCCUACAGGAUGAGAUGGACAGUCUUGCUCUUAGAGUACUUCUUAGUGAAAUUUCUGGUGUUGUUGUGCCGCGCGGACGGAGAAGCGCAGCAGCAGCUCGAGGGUUUCAUCAUGCUCUCAGGAUCCAACGGGUCCCGGGAUGAGGAGAGCGGCGUUUCCGCUGCUCCACACACAGAGGACAAAUGUCGGGGCUACUACGAUGUCAUGGGACAGUGGGACCCGCCGUUCGUUUGCCAAACAGGCAGUUAUUUAUACUGUUGCGGCACUUGUGGCUUCCGCUUUUGCUGCGCUUAUACAAACUCUCGUUUGGAUCAGAGCAACUGUAAAAAUUACGAUACGCCAGUAUGGCUAACAGGGCAAACACCCUAUAAGAAAACUGACCCUAGACAUGAUCCAACCAAGGAUAAAACAAACUUGAUAGUAUAUAUAAUAUGUGGAGUAGUGGCAAUCAUGGCACUGGUGGGGAUAUUUACAAAACUUGGACUAGAGAAGGCUCAUAGACCUCACAGAGAAAGUAUGUCUCGAGCUGUGGCAAGUGUGAUGCAAGGUGCCCGUCAGGGUCAUCAUGAGGAGGCCAUCGGAAUGCACACACAGCAUUAUGACACUGUGCAGGCGAGAGCAAACAACAUGCAUGGCGGCCAGAUGAACAGCAUAAUGCAAUCCCACCCGUAUCCAGCCCUCAGUCAGCUGUCCCAUGUUUAUGAGCAACAGAAACCAGGAAAAGAGCUCAACAAAUAUGCUUCACUGAAGGCUGUGGCGGCCAAAGCCAAUGGUGACUUCCUCAACAAGCAACACCGCCACUUGGUUGAGUUGGCGGCUAAGGGAAGCCUGCCCCUUCAUUCAGUAAGAAUGGAGCAUGUGGAGCCCACAGCUUCCUACGUCACAGAGGUCCCAUGCCUCAAACAAAAUGGACAGAAGCCCAAGAGCAGUAAAGGCAAUGUGUCCCAUCCCGCAAUGGCCUAUAGCUCCAAUACUAUUGCAAACCCAGGCAUUCUGAGGAGCUGGGAGGCCACAGAGACUGUGGGUCGACGCAAAACCUACGGCCCCAGGAAGCUGUGCACAGUGGAGCAGGUAAAUGAGCUACACACUGCCCGCAGUCAUCAUUACCUUCCCACGCAACCCUACUUUGUAACCAACAGUAAGACGGAAGUGACUGUGUGAGGGGCUGAGUAUCCUUUGAAGAGAGCAGCAGAGAGCCAAAAGUGAUUGUCAUCAUAAAAGGACUCUCCACACUGCCCCAAAUAGACUGGAGGCACAAUAGGGGUGAGCAUGUGAUGCUAUGACUGGGCACCAGAGGCACCAUCCACUGACUGUGAGGCCAGGAAUACUUUGAAUUGUUCACCAAUAUUUAUAUCCAAUGUUACAAUGUGUUUGUGUUCUGUCAAUGACAAAGAAAUGACAAGAGUUGGCAUAAGAAAAUAUUCAGAUCAAACAAGAAAUUGUUUAUUGUAAUAAGAUCUAAUAAAGUAUAAAGAGAGAAUGGUUAUAGAAAGACAUGACAAAAGUGAAAUGAAAAACAUUGCAUUAUCGAUCCCAGAUAUUAAAGGGCUGGCGUGGAGUAUGAAUCACAAGGUGUUGCUCUUAACUAAAAUAAGAUACCAUAAAUGGGUCAGGUGCAAAUAUUGAUUUGAUGACAGGAACUGUAUUUUAAAAGAUGGUGGAAAAGACAAUAGUGGCAACUGGUUUGAGGCUGUGCCUUUCGUUUUCACAUUAUAAAUUACCUUGGUCAAGCAGCUAAAAACAAAUGCUAAAACAUGUUUGAAUCUGGAGUCAGAAGAGGUGGCCACAUAUGCUAAUUAUUUCAUGCAGAGUGCCACGAGGUAGCAUUGUCAUGCCAUGAGCAACACUGUUAAAAGAACAUAGAGUCUCGGGCACAUUUGUGUCUGAAAGUCCUUGAUCCUUGGUCUCCUUUUUGUGUAACAUUUGGUGUUACUUUCUUAUGUGUACUCUCAAAUGCAUAAAAGCAUGUUGAAAUACUUGUCAAAUGUUUCUUCACAUCAGUAGGUGUAUCUGCAGCUCAGUUGCUGCCACAUUUAAAGGGAUAUAUUUGACCCAAAAUUUGAUUUGUUCACUGUGAAGGUCGGGGAGUUUAGAGAUAGUUCUGUUCCAGGUAAAAUUAACUAUGGUUUUAUUAUAGUAAUCUUGUAGAACUAUGUUUUUUUUUUUUUUUUUUGGUGGAAACCAUAGUUUUAGUGCAAUUAACCAUGGUGUUACUAGAGUAAUAUGGUGUUAAUAUAGUAACCAUGUUUAAUUUUGUUGUUACUAUGAUUUGUUACAAACUGCUUUGGUGAAACUAUGGUUACUGUUGUAAAACUAUGGUUAAUUUCUACAAGGUAAGGUUAGGGUUUGGUUUGGUGUGGGGUGUCUGUGGGACUCUAAAUAAACACAAUAAACGAGCUGUAGUGUUGCCCCUAUUCUGUUUGUUAGUAUUUAAUUAGGGGUGCAAAUAGUAUCUACCACUGAUAUUUUUGGUUGCUAUUUACACUUUGUGUGUGUAAAUGGCAUCUAUCACUAUUUGACUUCGCAAGUAGCCUCUGCUGUUUUUUAAAAUAUUGGGCAGAAUAUUAGGAACUAAUAGCCUCAGUCAACAUUCACUUUCAUUGCAUUCUGCUCAAAUCUCCUUUUGCAUUCCAUGGAAGAAAGAAAGUCACACAUGUUUGGAACUACAAAUGAGGGUGAGUAAGUGAUGGCAUAAUUGUAUUUUUGCUCUUUUGCUUUCACAAUGUGUCAUACGGAAGAUACUAUUUAUUUUUAUUCAGAAAAAUGUGAUCAUAUAAGUAUAUAUAUAUAUAUAUAUUUAUACCAUUGCCAGUAUAUGUAUGCAAAUGAUAUAGUACAUUGUGCCAAGAAGUAGCUGGUUAAAGACUAUGUGUUCGGUUAAUAUUUAGCAUUAUUUAUUUUCUGAUUUAUUCAACAGUAUGUUGGAGACAAUGUUUCUGUUGCUACAUCAUGAUAUAAUGGAGUGGUAGGACUUGCAGUGAAGAUGAACUUUAAAAUGGAGUAAUAGAACUGGAAUAAAACAAGCUUUUUCUGUCCUCAUUCUCCUCACCCUUUUUUCCCCUCCCAUCUCUGUCUUUGAUGUUAACAGAAUGUUGCAUUGUGAGAGUUUCGUAAACAGAUCGAUGAACUGUGUUGUAUCCAAUUGAGUUAAUUCAGCAAUGCGUAAACCUGGAAAUAUCAGCCCAAAGAACUUGACCCCCUCCUACACUCUGAGUGAUCAUGUGGAAUAACUCUAGUCUAGGAUGGAUCCUGUCAGCCUCAUUGCCUAGUGAAAAUGUUUAUCUGGUCCAUGCAUCUCAGUUAUUCUGUUGUAUUUUGUGUGUGUGUGUGUGCAUGCUAUGCUGAGCAGUAAACAGAGCCACAGUUGCAUGUUUUUGCAUCAUGGCAUAUUACCUUUGCUGAUUUAUUUUCAUUUUUCACUUUUUUAAAUCAUGCAUUAAAUCUGAAAUAAAGAGAAGCUUGAGAAUAAAUAAAGUAUCUACUGAAACCCCUUUAAAUAACUCAUACCACACACUCUCUUACCAAAUUAUAAAGUUAAAUGAAUAUCCAAGGCCAUUUUGUGGCUUUUUGUUUUGUAAGAAAAAGCCAAAGAAAUAGGCAGCAAAUCUUUCAUCUCUGGCUAUUCUGAGGAAGUCCCAAAUUGAUUUAAGGAAGAGGAAGGCCUCUGAUUGAUUCGAUUCAGGCACUUUGAGCAAGAAUAAGUCAGCUAAUCCAAUCCUCAGGUGCACGUAUUUACCUCUGAACAGGUGCCUGAAAUCAGUCUGCGAUUGAAUGAGCCUGUUUCUUUGGGGGCCUUGUUGAGCUGCCAGAAAUCAAAGUCCUGCUCAGUGAAUUAUGAUUGAGGGUGCUAGUGACCCAGUUAACCAAAUCAGCACGGCCUGUUCAGUAUAGGCAGAGUGUAUUUGCAGACUGGGUGAUUGAUUGGAUUUGCAUGCUGAGGUACCAGACUGAGCCUUGCAUUAACCAGAGAAGCCAUGGAUUUUUACCAUAGCUUCUACUUUGAUAUGAAUGAGUAAAAAAGUUAAUAAAGCAACUUUUGGAGAAUGCUAAGCCUGAAAAUCCUUGGAUCAAUAUUAAUCCAUAUGGCUUAUCUGGCCCACAGUAUAUAAACUACAUUAACUUGAUUGUUGGGUUAACCCAUCACAUUACACAUUUUUAGCUCUAAUGUGAUUAAUGUACUGUACAUUCUUAUCUCAUUAAAAUAUUCAACCCUAAACCUAACUAACCCUAACCCUGAUUAAAUUAUAUAAAUUAAGGGCAAACAAGUAAUAGAAAAUGGAAGAUUUAGCAGAUGCUUUUUUAAGGUUUUAAUUUUUUAUUUUAUGUUAAGUUCUCUUGGAAGAGUUAUGUCUUUAGAUAGCAGGGUAACACAUCAAUGAAGGAAAACCAAUCAUUUGUGUUCUUUGUUAAUCAAUAAAUCAAUAGAUGAAUUGAUACAUUAGUGUGACAUGUGCUUUAGCUCUCAUUUCAACAUAAAUCUUUUAUUGACAAUGCUUUUCAGCAUAACAAUCACACACACACACAAGAUUGCUGCGUGUGUCACAAAUUUUGAUUGCCCUUUUCUCCCUCUCCACUCUUACUGCAUAUGCAAAACAGCUGUUAGAGUUGAUUUCCCACAGGUGUCAAUCCUUACCGUUCUGCCUGUCCCGGCCUUGCUCUUUGCAAAGCUUGGCUAAGGCCCCAUCACCAUAUA